AUGGCUCUCUUUCAGACGGCGAAUCGCCUCAUAAUCCCUGUGGCAAUUGCUGCUGCCCUCAUCCAGGCCAGCAUCUAUGAUGUUCCAGGAGGGUACCGAGCCGUCAUGUUCGACAGGUUCGCCGGUGUUAAGGAUACAGCCAAGCCUGAAGGCACACAUUUCCUAGUCCCUUGGCUGCAGCGGGCAAUCCUCUAUGACUGCCGCAUCAAGCCCCGAAACAUCUCGACCACCACUGGUUCAAAAGAUCUCCAAAUGGUCUCUAUCACUCUUCGAGUGCUCUCUCGCCCAAACAUCGAGCACCUUCCGAGGAUCUACCAGGGUCUCGGUCUGGAUUACGACGAGAGGGUUCUCCCAUCAAUUGGAAAUGAAGUCCUGAAGAGCAUUGUCGCCCAGUUUGAUGCUGCAGAGCUGAUCACUCAACGAGAAGUAGUGUCAUCGCGCAUCAGGGAGGACCUCCUCCAGCGUGCCGGUGAAUUCAACAUCACGUUGGAGGAUGUGUCCAUCACUCACCUCACGUUCGGAAAGGAAUUCACUCAGGCCGUAGAGGCGAAGCAGAUUGCUCAGCAAGACGCGGAGCGUGCAAAAUUCAUCGUGGAGAAGGCUGAGCAAGAACGGCAGGCGGCGGUCAUCCGGGCGGAAGGUGAGGCCGAGGCGGCGGCGACUAUUUCGCGGGCUCUGGACAAGGCAGGGGAGGCAUUCGUCACGUUCCGGAAGAUCGAGGCAAGCAAGGCGAUCGUGCAGUCGCUUGCUGGCAAUCCGAAUGUGACAUACAUCCCGAGCAGUGGUGGGAAUGUGUUGUUGAAUGUACCUAGCCAGAAGUAG